UCCUCUGUGAUUGGGACUGACUGUGUUGCUGGGUGGAACAGCAUAAUGCUCUUGCAGCUCCUGUUCCAGCACAGUGAUGUUUCUGCUCCAGAUUGUGCUGACUCACAUUCAAGAAAACAUGACACACAGACACAAUGCACUGUAACUCUUUUCCUUUCCCCCAGUAACCUCGAAAGUUUCUGUAGCUCAUACAAUAAAUGGCUGAGACAAUAAGUGUAAUACCAAGAGAUGAAGAGGAGAUCCAAAAUAUCACUGAUGAUGAAGACCCAUUUCUGAAUCGUGAUGCUGUAAUGUCAUCCCCCAGUUCCUCUGCCAGCCCUUUGUUAACCAGCCUUAAUGAUGACAAAGGAAGCUCAGCAGUGCCAGAAAGACUAUCCAUCCUCUCCAGCAAGGCCGUGGCCCAGGCAAAAGUCCUGAAUGGCCCAGAAAUGGUUAGUGAUGACAUGGCACAGAGGACAGCCUCUGGGUUGACUGACCAUCCUCUGACAGCUGGAAACGCAUCGUUAGGGAGCUCAUCAUACUCUGUGGCAGUCAGUAGCCUGCAGCCUGUGGACAUUGCCUCCCUGUGCUCUGAAAGCCCCUGCUGUGAUGGUGACCAGAGUUCGAAAGUGCUUCAGGUGACAAGGGUGCCCAGUGGGGCUGGUGAGCCCAGGCAGGUUGUUGGUGACCUACCUGGGACUGACCCCAGGGGCUGCCACAUGCAGUGGGCAGGGAGCUAUGCCAAGGGCAAUAUGGCCCCUCUUUGUCUGGGCCAGGUGAUUCGGACAAAGACUGCAAAAGUAAUGGAGACCUUAGAAAUUAAGAAAAAGGAGGAAAAGGAGAAGUACCGGCUCCAGCUAGCUAUGUACCGACGGCUUCUGCUCUUGCGCUCAAUCAGGAGCUUGCAUAAGCAGCUGGAGCAGCAGCAGGCCAGAUUGCAGGAAUGCUACGGCACAGUGAUAAAUACCAAGAAAGAAGUGUUGAAACACAUUCGCUCAACCUCGCCCUCACCUUUGCCGUAAUCAUGUUGCUGCAUGCAGAAAUGAGCUUUGUAAUGCCACGAGAGCCAUCAGUAAGUUUGCAUGCUAUAGAGGUGGUGUCUUCAUACCGAAAAGUACGUGCCCGUGUGUGCCGAGAGUAGAGGAAAGAGCAGCAGCAGAGCAAGAAGAAAAGGGAAGGUAAAGUGUUGGCCCCUGAAUUUAUCUGGAGGAAACCAGACCAAGAUUGUACCUGUGCAAGAAGCUGACUCCUGACCCGCGUUCAAAGCCUCAAGCUGAAAUAGGAUUUUUGGCAUAUAAGUUUGUAAAAAAAAAAAAAUACCCAUGAAUUGGGAAACUAGUCUGACAUUUGAUCUGUAAAGGUGGUCACAUGCAAGAGGUGCUGCCUGCUGAAUAUGUGAUAUAACACUCCCUUCUAGUUUCAGCACGAAAAAAACUUCAGCAGAGCUAAUUUGUCUGCAAGAAUAUCUGAAUCUAGAAAGCCAGGAUAUUUGAAACACUUAAGCUCAGGCUUGGUUAUAUCUACCUAGUUGUCUGUUUUUCACAACACUGCCAAGGCCAUUGUAUGUUUAUGACCCCUAACCUCCCAUAAAAUUUAUUCAGAUUGACUAGAAAUUUUGGGAAGGCAGGACAGCCAAGUACAUGCACAGGGAGGCAGUGCAACUGCCUAAGCCUUAUUUCCUUAGGAAAGCAAGCUAAAAACAUAGGUCUCAUAAUCUGUCACUGCAUCGGAAACUCACCCUGGCAGUGCCAGGGGAAUGUUUGAGGUCUUCACAAUUAUUAAUCUGCUGGUAACUCCCAGUGGCACUAACAUCUGCAAAUCAAGCACAUUUUGUGCCUUACUGCUGUCAUUAAAUGGAAGUUGGUGGCAAUUAGCACUUUUUAUCCAGGUGUAUUAGACAUGUGGAAAACCCUAGAGCACUGUUUCUCCAAUUGCAAGGUUAGGAUGCCUUCAGGGAAUUUGAUGUCAGUAUGCAACAAAAACACAGGAAAAAUGAAAGCAAAGAAAGAGAUGCAACUCUCUUGUAUGCAUUUAAAAGGCAAUGUGAGUCCCUAUUAUUGAACAGCAAAAGAAUACUUGAA